GCCUGAGCCCUGCCUCUCUUACGCCCUCUCCAUCAGCUUAAUCACGAUAUCCAUAUACCAUUAAUCCCUUUCCUCUUCGCCCAACGACGACGAGAUGGAUCCGAAUCAGCAACAGCCGGCGGCCACGCCGGACGCGCCUGAUAAAGAGACGAUGGAGCAGAUCCGUGCCCGACGACUGGCUAAGCUCGGUGGCCCCAGUACCGCUUCUGCUACAUCGCCAGCUGCGUCCUCCUCCUUGACGCCUCAACCUGGCACAGCCGAGCCGAACCCGGGGAGGGCAGAACCCUCUCCCGCUGCUGCGGCGGCGGCGGCGAGUUCGUCAAAGAUCGCAGACAAGACACCGCGAGUUCAGCCCAGGUCGAUAAUCAAACCGGCCUCACGAGAUGUGCCAGAGCCACCACCAGGUAGUUCCGCUUCCCGAAAGAGAGAAAGAUCCCUUUCAAAUAUUGAUGAUAUUCCAUGCCCACCAGCACCGCGAAAGCAAUACAGGGAACCGACGUUCGAGGAAUGGACCGACAAGCUACUCACCAGCAUCCUUCGCGUUUCUCUCGAUCCGAGCCAGACCUUCGAUAGCAGUGGGCAUAACUUGACCUAUCUGCCAGAACUCAGCCAAGAAAUCCGGAACGAGGGUCAGGAGCCCAUGCUGUCGAUAGACAGAUUUCAGGAGGCUGUUAUGGAGGCCGGAAGCGUCUAUCCUCCGCACAAGCCCCUGUUCGAAUACUUCCUGGCAUGCUGGAAGCGGGUAACCAAGUUCAGGAUCUUGAGGGCGCCGACUCCCGAGAAGGAAGAGGCACUCAAGGAGGCCAAGCGCUUGUGCUUCUCCAACUGCAUCUUCGCCAUUACCAUGCCCGAGAUGUUUGGCCGAGAACCGAACCCAAAGCACGACACCCUGGUACCCUACAUCUUGGAGGGCGUUGCGAAGGAAGACGGCCUUGACAUCGAGUUCUACAACGAGGCCAUGACGCGGAUCGAGGACGACGAUAGCAUUGUGCCUCUCUUCACAAAGGCCAUGGUGGAAAUCAGCACAGCGCUGUCUACCAAAAACAUGAAUGGGGAUUACCAGCCACACGUCCAGGCCCUCUUCACAUACUCGAGAUAUCCGGCUCUCUUGAACGCUUUGGCAGAACACCCUACUUUCCUCAUGGCGCAAUCAGCCCCCAACAUUGAACGGUUCACGCUGCUCGGUCCUUUCUUCCGUUUGUCGCCCUUACACCCAGAGGCGGCCAGCUACGACUUUGCCUCACCGAGGACUCUUGACAAGGGCCGAAUUGGCACAACCCAACAGUCAUUACAAAUGACCUCGGCUGCCCAUCAGGAACACUUGACGACGAUAACUAAUGCUUUCAUACGAGCAAGUAUUAGCUCGAGAAACAAGCUGCUGAACUGGUUCGCCUACAUCUUGAAUGUCAACCACAAGCGCACAGCCACUUACGUCGACCCCAAGACGGUUUCUACAGACGGAUUCAUGGUCAAUGUCACCGUCGUCCUCGACAAUCUAUGCAAGCCCUUCAUGGAUAACUCCUUUACGAAGAUUGACCGUAUUCAGGUCGACUACUUCAGGCGGAAUCCUAGACUGGACAUCAAGGAUGAGACCAAGCUCAACGCUGACCAGGAGCACUCGGACGCGUUUUACUCUACAAAGCUCAAAGGGGAGAACAACUUUAUUACAGAGGUCUUCUUCCUCGCUUUGGCGGCACAUCAGUAUGGCACCGAAGCCACUCAAAACAAGGUCAACCACCUUGACAAGCAAAUCAAACGUAUCGAAAAGGAUUUGGUACUCAUGGAGGCCGAGAGACCCAACCUGAUCGCCAAUCGUCCGGAACGGGUCCCUAUGCUGGAGGCGGCGCUGAAGAGACACAUUAAGGCCUUGGAAGGAGCCAUGUCGACCAAAUUUGCCAUCGAAGGCAUCAUGACCGACAAGACGAUGCAGACGCGGUCACUACAGUUCAUGAAGUACACCAUUGUCUGGCUGCUGCGAGUAGCCAGUCAGUCCGACUACAUCCCAUGGAAGAAAAUCAGCCUUCCGCUGCCUGCAACCCAGCCAGAGGCUUUCAGGUGUCUUCCCGAGUAUGUCUUGCAGGUAAUUGUUGAUAACUUGAAGUUCACCUUCCGCCAUAGGCCAGAGGUUAUGGUCUCGGCUAUUGGUGACGAGGUCGUUGCUCUAUGCAUAACGUUUUUGGAGUCAUCCGAGUACAUCAAGAACCCGUACUUGAAAUCGUCGUUGGUUACCCUCCUUUAUCAUGGGACCUGGCCGGCAUACCAUCUCAAGAAGGGCAUUCUUGGCGACAUCCUUACCGGUACUAAGUUCGCAAAUGACUACCUGCUACAUGCUUUGAUGAAGUACUAUAUUGAGUGCGAGUCCAACGGCACCAGCUCUGCGUUCUACGAAAAGUUCAACAUACGUUAUGAGAUCUUCCAGGUUAUCAAGUGCGUUUGGUCCAAUGAUCAUUACAAGAAGCAGUUGACAGAGUCCAGCAGGGUGGACCGCGACUUCUUCGUUCGUUUUGUCAACCUUCUCAUGAACGAUGCAACCUACGUUCUAGAUGAAGCAUUGGGCAACUUCCCCAAGAUUCAUGACUUCCAGCAACAGCUUAGGGACCCUAACCUUUCGCAAGAGGACCGCGAAAAGAUCGAGAGCGACUUGCACGACGCGGAAAAUAAGGCCAGUUCCUACAUGCAGCUUGCGAAUGAGACAGUCGGCAUGAUGAAGCUCUUCACUCAAACCCUGGCUGAUUCCUUCACCAUGCCUGAAAUCGUCAACCGCUUGGCCGGUAUGCUCGAUUUCAACCUUGACCUCCUCACCGGUCCUAAGAGCCGGACGUUGAAGGUUGAGAACCCUGACAAGUAUGGAUUCAACCCCAAGACUCUGCUACCGCAGCUUGUGGAUAUCUACCUGAACUUGGGGUCCUCGCCUGCCUUUGUCGAGGCCGUUGCCGCAGACGGCAGAUCCUACAAGCCUGAGACCAUGGCGGCUGCUACCAACAUUCUUCGCUCGAAGGCACUCAAGGAUCCUGCCGAUAUGCACGCGUGGGAGGUGUUGUGCAAAUGCUUCGAAGAGGCCAAGGCCAUUGUCGACCAGGCUGACCUCGACUUUGGCGACGCACCCUCCGAGUUCGAAGACCCCAUCAUGGGCGACUUGAUGAAGGACCCAGUGAUCCUGCCCAGCAAGCACGUUGUCGAUCGCUCGACUAUCGUGCAGCACUUGCUCAGCGACCCGAAGGACCCGUUCACGAGACAGCCCAUGACUAUUGAUGAUGUCGUUCCGGAGACGGAACUGAAGGCUAAGAUUGAGAAGUGGAUGGAGGAAAGGAGGGCUGAGAUCCGCGGUAAGGUCGAGGGAGUGACGCCUGCUGCUGGUGAUAUUGCUGGUGCGGAAGCGGCGACGGGCGGAGAUGCUAUGGACACUACCGAGUAAGGGGUUAUGGUGGAUG